AAGAGGACCAAAAAAUAAAAGAAAAAAAAAUCCGAGCAACUCCCAAUCAGAGCCACUCGCCGAAGAGAUACAGUAGUCAUCCACUGCACGCAUUUCGAUCUCCAUGGCCAAAACUUGAAGCUCCAAGUUCGUCAAGUCUGGGAAUCAUGGCUACAAUAUCCACUUGCUUCGCCAUUUCACAGAGUUCUCGCUUCUAUUUCCACCCUCUCAUCACCCUUAAACCCUCAAUUUCCUUAAAGCCCUAUCCCGUCACUUUUCCGGCCAUUCAGACGCGAAUUUCGCCGCCGGAAUCCAGGGUAAGGGGUUCGGUUCCGGUCGUGAGAGCGGGCAUUGACAUUCCUUCCGAUAUCAGACCUGGAAACGCUGUGGAGAGCGAUAAAUUGCCGUCGGAUGUGAGAAAGAGAGCGAUGGAGGCUGUGGACGCCUGUGGAGGGAGAGUAACCAUUGGGGACGUUGCAAGUAGAGCGGGACUCAAGCUCAAUGAAGCUCAGAAGGCUUUGCAAGCUCUAGCUGCUGAUACAAAUGGCUUUUUAGAGGUUUCUGACGAGGGCGACGUUCUCUAUGUUUUCCCCAAAGAUUAUCGUUCAAAGCUUGCAGCCAAAUCAUUCUGGAUAAAAUGUGAACCUCUUAUAGAGAAGUCAAAGGCCGCUGCUGAAUAUCUUGUCAGGGUUUCAUUUGGAACGGCACUAAUUGCUUCAAUCGUUCUUGUAUAUACUACAAUUAUUGCUCUUAUUUCGAGCCGAAGUGAAGAGGAUAAUCGCGGAAGACGUGGCAGAUCAUAUGAUUCAGGAUUCACGUUCUAUUUGAGUCCAACUGACCUUUUUUGGUACUGGGAUCCAUACUACUAUAGGAGACGUAGAUUACAAACAGAAGAUAAUAAGAUGAACUUCAUUGAAUCUAUUUUCUCAUUUGUUUUUGGCGAUGGUGAUCCAAAUCAAGGAAUCGAAGAAGAGAGAUGGAAGUUGAUUGGGCAAUACAUUACCUCCAAUGGUGGUGUUGUAACUGCUGAAGAACUUGCACCAUAUCUGGAUGUGAGAGAGGGGAACAUGGAUGAUGAAUCAUAUAUUUUACCAGUUCUUUUACGUUUUGAUGGCCAACCUGAAAUUGAUGAAGAGGGAAAUAUUCUGUAUCGAUUUCCCUCCCUACAGCGCACAGCUUCUUCUCAGCGGAGUGGAAGGAAGGAGUAUGUGGGUAGAAAAUGGGCUGACUGGGUUGGAGGGGUUGAAAAAUUUUUCAAGGAAAAGAAAUGGGUCUUUAGUAAAACAACUUCUUCAGAGAGAGCAAUGGCCAUUGGGUUGGGAGGGCUGAAUCUAUUUGGUGUUAUAAUCCUUGGAACCAUGUUGAAGGAUGUUGCUAUUAAACCAAGUGGACUUAUCAAAUUUGUAUCGGAUAUAUUUCCUCUACUGCAGAUAUAUGCUGGUUCUUUCUUCACGAUUCCAUUGGUCCGGUGGUUCAUUAUCCAGAAGAGAAAUGCUGAAAUAGGAAAAAGAAACCAAGCAAGGCAAAAGCGUGCCCAAGCCCUUGAAUUGCCAGAUGUGUCACUCAGACGGAAGCUUCUCAGUGCUCGAGACAUGGCCCAAAGAACUGUAAUUGGUCAGGAUCGAAUUGUAUAUAGUACUGAUCGAGACUUAAUUGAGCAAGACUAUGAGCUCCAAGAAUGGGAAAGGAAGUUCCGAGAGAUCGAAAAGUCAGAUUAGAGAAUUGGUGUGUCAACUGGUAAUUUCCAUGAUCUCGAGGUCUUGACAAUGACCCGUGGGUUCGAAAUCGCCGAUGUUUCAACAAGCCUGUUGAUUAGUCACCAGGGUACGAGGUUGGCUUCGAAUUUUGGUUGGUGAAAGAAAUUGAAUCUUUGUUUGGGAGAGUGCUGAAGAUUGAGACUGCGCUCCAUAACCAAGUUUGUGUUUUCAGGGUUAGACUGCAUAAUCAGUAUUUAUUAUGUAAAAAAUUGAUUGGCCUUGGUAAUGGCAGAUUCUGAUCUUCUCUUAUCAUUUUAACACUGUAAAAUGAAGUGAAACAAAUUGGAAAUAUAGCACAGAACAUUUUGCAUCAUUA